AUGAGUCAUAAUGAAAGUCAAAUAAAGGACGAAUUUUUUCAAGAUGUUGAAAAAUAUCCAUAUAAAACAGUUAGUCAUGCAUUACAGAUUAUUCUACGAACAUUAAUACAAAAUUAUGGUAUUGAUGGUGAAACCGAUCAAUUAGUUGAUAUGCAUAAAUUUGGUGUAUACGAACCAAUUGCUGUAAAAAUGCAAUCAAUAAAAACAGCUUUUGAAACUACUGUUUUAUUACUUCGCAUUGAUGAUAUUGUACCUUAUGCAAAGAAAGCAAGUAUGUUAGCAGAAUGA